UUCUUUUCACAGACACAGAGGAUACCUCUGAGCCUGAAGUACGCCUGCCCCUCUGAAAGCACAUGGAAACUAGCAGUAUCUUCUCUUCUUAAAGUUCUUUCUAUUGGACUGCCAGUUGCAAGGCAGCAUGCUUCUUCUGGAAAAUUUGACAGUAUGUGGCCAGAACUAGCCAACACACUUGAAGACUUUUUGUUCACCAAAAGUAUACCUCCAGAUAAUCUUUCUAUUCAAGAGUUUCAGAGAAAUGAGAGUAUUGAUGUUGAGGUGGUGCAACUCAUCAGCACAGAGAUACUGCCGUAUGCUAAUUUUAUUCCCAAGGAAUUUGUUGGUCAGAUAAUGACUAUGCUUAAUAAAGGUUCAAUACAUUCUCAGUCAUCCUCAUUUACGGAAGCAGAAAUAGAUAUUCGAAUGAGAGAAGAAUUUUCUAAGAUGUGCUUUGAAACACUGCUCCAGUUUUCAUUCAGUAAUAAAGUCACAACUCCUCAGGAAGGAUACAUCUCUAGAAUGGCACUGUCUGUACUCUUGAAAAGAUCACAGGAUGUACUGCAUCGCUACAUAGAAGAUGAAAGAUUAAGUGGCAAAUGUCCUCUUCCACGGCAGCAAGUAACAGAAAUCAUAUUCGUUUUAAAAGCUGUCAGUACUCUAAUAGAUUCCCUUAAGAAAACUCAGCCUGAAAAUGUUGAUGCAAACACAUGGGCACAAGUUAUUGCGUUGUACCCAACUUUAGUUGAAUGUAUCACUUGCUCAUCCUCGGAAGUCUGUUCUGCUCUCAAGGAGGCACUAGUUCCCUUUAAGGACUUCAUGCAUCCACCAGCAACCAAGGUACAGAAUGGAGAGUCUUGAAAAGAUCAAACUUUUUUAUUUUUGAAAGAAAAAAAAGUAUCCCCAAAAAAAGAAUAUUUGUUCCUAACUGAGACUUCUCUGAGGAAAUCUCUUGUGACUAGUACUUGGCAACCAGCGUUGACUUUCUUUCAGUUGUACUAACAAGAGCUUUGUAAUCCAUGCAUACAACAAGCUUACAGCUCAAAGGUUCCAGAGUGAGUAGCAGUGCAAGCCUUUAAUAAAUUUAACUGACAGGAUGGAAUCAGUUGUAAUCUAAUGUACUUGCUACAAUAUAUUGAAGUGGUGACUGAAAAGUGGGCUUAUGUAUAGCUUGUGGUAUAUGUGUUAAUGAUGUAAUUAAAAAAAAAAAGUAUUUCAAUUCAGUCAGAUUGAUUAGGCUGGUGUUUUGCACCAUUUUUUCAAGUACAAAAUUGUACUAAAAUUUUAUGCAAGAUGAUACUGUAACAUUCCAUAUGAUUAUCUGUAACCAGCCUUUGUAAACAAAGGGAAUUGAUGAACUUGUGUGUAUAAUAAAUGGUACAGUUCUGUAUAAAAUAGUUGCAUUUAUUAUUUAAAUUCUUUUUAAAAUAUUGAUAAUGUUAAAUGCUUGAAAAAUGUAUUUAUUAUGAAUACUAAGUUGUAUGCUUGCAUUUUUACGUACAAUUUGCCUUCAUAAUUGGCAGAUAUGGUUAUUCAUAUCUGAUCAUCCAGUUAAUUUUUUGCUUAUUUGAAUGUAUCUUAUUUCAAAAAAGAGGUCAUAUGAUGAAAGACAGCAAACAGCCAAUGAUCUGCUGAUUUCAAACUUUAAAGUAGGUGAUUUGAAAUGAGUUUGAAAAUGUGGAAAUAUACUGUAGCACUCCAACUCUACCAUACCUCACAUCACAAAAUAUUUGUUUCAACAUA